AGGACUACUUCUCAUGCAAUUUUCCAAAUACCAACAAGCUUCGACUGAUCAAGGAAUACUUAACCUGUGGCUGAGAGUAUCCCAAAUUUUCGUUUCGAUAGGAUACAAAAUGUUCAACAGCUUUCGCCGUACUGAUCAUGUGAUGGGAUAUGAUAAGAAAAAUAAGAGGAUUAGCAACAAAAGCAGCAUCAAGGACAACUUACCAAUCUGUGCCGGACCAUGGCCAUCUACUAGACAAGAAGGUGACCCGUGGGAUGAUGGGUUUCAUACAACUGUUAAGCAACUAGUGAUCGUUCAUGGAGCUGGUAUCGAUUCCAUCAGGUUCGAAUACCGUGAUAAUAGUGGCAACUCCUUCUGGUCUCAGAAACAUGGAGGAAGUGGUGGUUUUAAAACUGACAAGAUAAAACUCGAUUUUCCAGGUGAAUAUAUCAAGUCAAUCAGUGGGUAUUAUGGUAGUGUUAAUGACUGGAGUCCAGUGUUCAUUCGGUCACUUACUAUUGAAAGCAAUCGAAUGAAAUAUGGACCCUUUGGUAGUCAACUGGGAACACAGUUUUCGUUUCCGGCAACCAGUAGAGCGAGUAAGAUAGUUGGAUUCCAUGGCCAUUCUAGCUGGUAUCUCACUUCCAUUGGAGUGUAUCUGAAGCCUCUUGAAGAUCAAGAAAACCAAAAUAUACUCCCCUCAAAAGCUCUUAUGUCAUCUCAACUGACGUCCCAAAAUUUUGUUUCGGAUUUUGGAAGUACUCAUGAUCAUACAAAGGGUUACAGUGUUGUUCCAGCAAGUAGUGGUCACGUUCAAAAAGGGUCGUCAUCAAACUUGGAAGGUGUUGUCUCAUACGGACCUUGGGGUGGCAAUGGUGGAAGUAUGUUCGAUGAUGAAGUUUACACCGGUAUCCGACAAGUUAAACUAACACGCAGCACUGCCCAGGUUAUUAUCGUUAAAGAACCGGUGCCGCAUGGACCUGGUCCAUGGGGAGGGGAUGGAGGCAAAACAUGGGACGAUGGUGCAUAUACAGGAAUUAAGCAGAUUCAUUUAACAAAAACAGAAGCCAUUUUGUCCAUACAGAUCCAAUAUGACAGGAACGGGCGAACUGUUUGGUCUGCACGACAUGGGGGUAGCAGCCGAGGCACUACGAUCAAGAUCAAGUUCCAUUACCCAGACGAGCUCUUAACUUGUAUUACUGGUUACUACGGCGCUGUUGUCGGAGAAGAAACGGUGCAAGUGAUUAAAUCUCUUACAUUUUAUACCACUAGGGGAAAGUAUGGUCCAUAUGGGGUGGAAGCUGGUACGUUUUUUAGUUCGACAAUGACUGAAGGGAAAGUGGUCGGCUUUCAUGGACGGUGCAGUUCAUAUUUGGAUGCAAUUGGAGUUCAUAUGCAGAAUUGGUUGGGAAAUAUUCAAAAACCUUCAAAAUCCAUUUUUUCCAAAAUCUUUAAAUGA